AUGGGACUGGAUUUCAGCGUUAAACAUGCAGGAAAAGUCUACCCUCUAUCGUUACAUGAAGAUGCCAAAGGGUCUGACUUGCAACUGAAGGUUGAGGAGUUGACACAAGUACCUCAACUGCGCCAAAAAUACAUGAUCAAGGGCGGGCUAAAUGAAGGAACCAGUUUGAAAGCUUUGAUCAAAAAUGGACAAAUUAUCAUGGUUCUCGGGACCCCUGAUGCUAACUUGGUAAAUAAACCGCAAAAGGAAAGCCAAUUCAUUGAGGACCUGGACGCAAGCGCGCAAAUUCAACAUCUCUCUCAAAUGCCCUCAGGAUUGAAAAAUUUGGGCAAUACGUGUUACAUGAAUUCAACUAUACAAGCACUUUAUCAAAUCACACCAUUGCGUGAUGAAGUUCUAGCAUUUCAAGUACCCACGCCAAACCCUUCUGUGGAAGGGCCACACUUUCAACUAGUGUCGGAACUCAAGCGCUGUUUCCAGUCAUUAAAGUCGAAGAGGGAAGAGUCUGUCACACCUAUGCUAUUGUUGGCCAUGCUGAGGAAAUGCUACCCUCAGUUUGCUGAACGCGAUGAGCAGUCAGGAUUUUUCAAACAGCAAGAUGCUGAAGAGUUAUUCACUCAGCUCUUUCAUUCUCUGCAAGUAGUGUUUGGAGAAAAGCUUGUAGAAAAGUUCAGAUUAAACUUUCAAACCACAAUUAAGGAUACUGCAAACGAACAAGAUGUGACUGUGAAAACUGAUGAUCACGAUGUCAAGUUGCAAUGCCAUAUUUCGGGGACGACGAAUUUCAUGAAAAAUGGCCUAGCGGAAUCUUUGAGUGAGAAAAUUGAAAAACGAUCUUCUAUCACUGACGUUAAUUCGUUGUUUAGUGUUGAAAAGAAAAUUACGAAAUUACCUGAAUAUCUAACGGUACAGUACGUGAGGUUUUUUUGGAAGAAAUCGACGAACAAGAAAUCAAAAAUAUUGCGUAAAGUUAUUUUCCCAUUUCAGCUCGAUGUCAGCGACCUGUUGGAGAACGGCUAUGCUCAAGAAAAGAUCAAGGUCAGAGAGGCACUGAGAGAAGUUGAGAAGGAUAAACUUGAGGAUGAACGUGAGAGUAAGAGAAGAAAGAUUAAUGGUGAUCAACCUAAGGAUGACUCGGCCGGUGUCAUGACCCCUAAAGAAUUGGCAGAAACCCAAGAAGCACUCGAGGAAAGCAAGAGAGAGAAAUGGAAUCAGGAGUUCAAAAAAAGAUUUCCAGCCGAUCUUGCAUCAGGGGAAAACCCGUCCUGUGUUUACAAUUUGAUUGGCGUCAUCACCCAUCAGGGCGCAAACUCGGAAAGUGGCCACUAUCAAUCGUUUAUUCGCGAUGAAGCAGACGAGAAUAAGUGGUACAGAUUCAAUGACGACAAAGUAUCCAUCAUCCCCAAAGAGAAGAUCGAGUCUCUGGCAGGUGGUGGAGAGAGUGAUAGCGCUUUAAUACUCAUUUACAAGGGCUUAGGAUUGUGA